AUGCUUCGCACCGGUCAGCUGGUGGUGUUUGCACAUAAACCUUUGAGAAAAAUUAUGAAAAUGCUGAGCCUUCGGAACACUCAAGAAGACGAGCCGCCCGACCCUCAGCUGAUGCGACUAGACAACAUGCUCAUCGCCGAGGGGGUCGCGGGGCCCGAAAAGGGCGGCGGCGCAGGGGCGGCGGCGAACGCGUCUGCGGCGGCAGCCUCUCAGAGCCCCGGUUCUGGUUCACAGGGCGAAAACGCAAUCGAACAUUCAGACUACAGAGCCAAACUAGCGCAAAUUCGACAAAUAUACCACCAGGAGCUAGAAAAAUACGAACAGGCGUGUAACGAGUUCACGACGCACGUGAUGAACCUCCUCCGAGAACAGAGUCGGACGCGUCCCAUCACGCCGAAGGAAAUCGAACGCAUGGUGCAGAUCAUCCACAAGAAGUUCAACUCCAUCCAAGUCCAGCUCAAACAGAGCACCUGCGAAGCCGUCAUGAUCCUCAGAUCCAGGUUCCUCGACGCCAGGCGGAAGCGGCGGAAUUUUAGCAAACAAGCCACAGAAAUCCUCAACGAGUACUUUUAUUCUCACCUCAGCAAUCCCUACCCUAGUGAAGAGGCGAAAGAAGAAUUGGCCAGGAAGUGUGGCAUCACCGUCUCUCAGGUAUCUAAUUGGUUCGGCAAUAAAAGGAUACGAUAUAAAAAGAAUAUAGGUAAAGCUCAAGAAGAAGCGAAUCUUUACGCAGCGAAAAAAGCAGACUACAUCAAUGACUGCUACUCCCCGCCUUCUGCGGCCGGCUCCUCACCCUACAGUCUGGCCCCUUCUUCGCAGGGCCAGAUGAUCAGCCCUCCCCCCGGGUCUGGUACCCCACAAGACUCCAUGUAUAAUAUGAGCAUGAACGGCGGAGACUCCUACUCAUCCAUGGGCGCCAAUGUGCAGUCACAGGCUAACGCGCUAAGGCAUGUGAUUUCUCAGACGGCGGGCUACGCAGACGGUCUUCCGCCCCAAUCAUCCGCAUCCAUGUACGACCCUGCAGGCAUGCAUCAGCCUUCCGAGCUUCAUCCGUAGUGUAGUCGGGGGAAUCAAGACAUCAGCCAAUCGGUGAACAGGGCCAGGCUCAAACUAGCCAAUCAGGAAGGACUCAGUACUUCUCAUAUACGUUCAAGUAAAAAUCUCUCAGACCUCAAAGAAUCAUGUCUCAUCAAAAUGAAGAAAUAUUUGUAACAUCUUUUCUUGCACUCCACUGCACAAAAGAAAAGAUCAUAGAACAGAUUCAGGGGAUACCAGCUCUCAAACUAUCCCCGAAGGACGUGUACAGUUUUUGCUCUGCUAGUGUUUUGUUUUACUUCACUUCCCAUCAGUCAGUACUCGUGCGGACGAUUUUAAGUGUAUAUUUCUUUCCUUGACGGCGCAACGAUGGGAAGUUGUGAUGACUCAACUCAACAAAAAUCAACAUCAGAAUCACGGUUUUUGUGUUGUCUUCAGGCUGUGUAGCAAUCAAACAGCUGCGCAAAUAAUGUGCACUUUUAUAUAAAUAAUGUAAACCAGAAGACUAUGCGGUGAGGACAUUAACUCGCGGCAAGGACAUUUUACUUCACAUUUGUUUCCAUUCACUCGAGUCUGCAUAAGGAAAAAAAAAGAUAUAUUGGUGCGAAGUACGUCCAAACGACGUGCUGGUACGACGAGACGGACUGUGCUGCUGCAAGUUGUUUUUUAUAUAUAAUAUUUCUUAAAAAAAGGCCCAAAGAUUGCUGUUACUCACGUCCAGUCGUCUAUCCGAUACGUUCAUUUUUACUCUUAUGUACUUUCUAGUGUCCAACUAAAAGAAAGGCAAAAAAGAUUCACUUAAGAUUAUUUCCAAAGUUUCCUUUCUUCAACUUGUAUAAAUUUUGCUGAAGGUAGCACAGUUUACAAAGUUAUUGUAAUUAAUAAAGUGAAAUCGCAGUUGAAACUGUUAAUUUCUUUUGUAAAUGAUAUCUACCGAUCACACUGAAUCAGUUUGUAAUUGGGCUUGAUAGCAAUAGUCGCCAAUAAAAAAACCAGCCUUUUUCAUAUUUUUUAAGUCAAACUUUCUGUACUCCAGGGAUAAAGUGCCAAUACGAGCAAAUAUUAAAGUGAUCUAGAUUCAAGUCAAAGUUUGAAUACUUAUUUUACUUUCGCUUGGCUAAAACUGCAAAAGCUAUUUCAAAUUUUCAGUUUGAUAACCAGUGACUGUAGCAGGUACUGAACUUAUUGAACACUUUUUAUUAUUCAUGGAUUUUUUUUUAUCGAAUUAUGAAAUAGAGAAUAAAUAGCAUAUGAGAAAUGCGGCUCGUUUUCAUAUUGCGAAUAGUAGUUUGUAAUAUUUCCAUAUAGCAAAUAUGGAAAUUAUAUGGUUUCCAAAAUAAAUUUUAAGCAAAGGUGAUACAAAUGACAGGUGUGAUAUUUUAUUUAAUCCCCUUUAAAAUACGGCAUAUUUGUGAGGUAUCCAUUGAUUGUCUUCAUGUUUACUAUGCACAAGCAAUGAAGAAAUCAUAUGCACACAUAGCUUUUGCAGUUUCAAACACGCAAAACCGAUAAUAGGUUCUUGCUGCUUGAAUCGAGACCUAGUCCAAUUCAAUAUUUGCUACCUGCGAAACUUUUCCUCUGAGAUACAGAUAAAGAACGCGCUUAUUUUUUUAAAGUUACCAAACCUAGGAUAAAUGCUAACAUUAAUUUUCAUCAUGAAUGAUAAAUUACAUAUUAUACAGAUUUGCCUUCAUAUAAUAAAUUUUGAAAAAGAGAUACAGGUAGGAUUCCUAA